CACACACGUGUGCAAGUAUCCACACGUGUGUACACACCCAACUUCUUACACAUGCACAACAACACAAGAACGCGUCUUCUUUCAUCUGCCAACCUCAUUCUUAUACUCUCCCCUUUCUAAACUUCUCUCUUCCUCUCUCCAUCUCCUCCAUUUCUCAUCUCCAUUUCCUCUCAAAUCUCACAAAAACAAAACCCAAUUCAUCUAAACCGUCCAUCCCAUUUCACAACAUACCACUCCCACUACUAGACCAUGAUCACAGGCAAAGACAUCUAUGAAGUCCUCGCAGCAAUCGUCCCCCUCUACGUAGCCAUGAUCCUCGCCUACGGCUCCGUCCGUUGGUGGAAGAUCUUCACCCCCGACCAAUGCUCCGGCAUAAACCGUUUCGUCGCCGUCUUCGCAGUCCCACUCCUCUCUUUCCAUUUCAUCUCAUCCAACAAUCCAUACACCAUGAAUUUCCGAUUCAUCGCCGCAGACUCUCUCCAAAAGAUCGUAAUCCUAGCCGCUCUUUUCAUCUGGCAGAUCUUCUCCAAACACAGCACCCUAGAUUGGAUGAUCACACUCUUCUCAUUAUCCACACUCCCAAACACCCUCGUAAUGGGUAUUCCACUCCUCAAAGCCAUGUACGGCGAUUUCUCCGCACCUCUUAUGGUGCAGAUCGUCGUCCUUCAAAGCAUCAUCUGGUAUACCCUCAUGCUCUUCUUGUUCGAAUACCGUGGGGCCCGCGCACUAAUCACCGAGCAAUUUCCAGACACUGCUGGCUCGAUCACGUCCUUCCGUGUCGAAUCUGAUGUCGUGUCUCUCAACGGACGAGAUCCACUUCAGGCAGAGGCGGAGGUUGGUGAGGAUGGGAAACUUCAUGUGGUGGUGAGAAAGUCCACGUCCACGAGAUCUGUCCUUUCUUCCUACAACAAAUCUCAUGGAUUGAAUUCAAUUACGUCGAUGACGCCGCGAGCCUCGAACCUCACUGGAGUCGAGAUCUACUCACUUCAGUCUUCAAGAGAGCCGACGCCGCGAGCCUCGAGCUUCAAUCAGACGGAUUUUUAUGCUAUGUUUGCGAGUAAAAUGCCAAGUGAUCCUAAACAUGGGUAUUCUGGUAAUUAUCAGAAUGAUGUGUACUCGCUUCAGUCAUCGAAGGGAGUGACGCCACGUACGUCGAAUUUCGAUGAGGAGAUGAUGGUGAUGAAGGGUGGUGGGAAGAAUAGAGGUGGGAGGAGUAUGAGUAAUGAGUUCUUGAAUGGUGGGCCUUACCCAGGACCGAAUCCGACGGUUGUGGUAGGGUCUGGUAGUGGUGGGAAGAAGAAGGAAAGUGGUGGCGGGAAUAGCGAACUUCAUAUGUUUGUAUGGAGUUCAAGUGCUUCUCCUGUGUCUGAAGGUAAUCUGAGGCAUGUGGUGAAUAGAGCUGCUUCUACUGAGUUUGGAUCUUUGGAUGCUUCUAAGGCUUUUGGCCCACAUGAGAUUGGUGCUUCUAAAGGUUUGCAUCAAUCCAGUGAAAAUGCAAGUCCAAUAAACAAAAGAGGAGAUAGAGAGGCUGAGAUUGAAGAUGGUUGCCGUAGCCCAAGGAAGUUUCCUCCCAUGCGCUCUCCUUUCCUGGGACAGAAGAAGGCUGACGUGGCACAAGGAGUGGUUGGGAGUGAGAAGAUGCUUGGUGGGGCCCACCAAAUGCCCCCUACCAGUGUAAUGACCCGGCUCAUACUCAUCAUGGUGUGGAGGAAGCUCAUCAGAAAUCCCAACACCUAUUCCAGCCUCAUUGGUCUUAUAUGGUCCCUCGUAUCAAACAGGUUUCACAUCCAGAUGCCUUCCAUAAUAAAAGGAUCGAUAUCGAUAUUGUCCGAUACAGGCUUGGGAAUGGCAAUGUUCAGUCUAGGUCUGUUCAUGGCCCUGCAACCGAAGAUCAUUGCCUGUGGAAAAUCCGUAGCGGCAUUUUCGAUGGCUGUUAGAUUUCUAACGGGCCCAGCGGUGAUCGCAGCCACUUCAAUCGCCGUAGGCCUUCGUGGGGUACUAUUGCACGUUGCCAUUAUUCAGGCAGCUCUUCCUCAAGGGAUCGUCCCCUUUGUAUUUGCAAAGGAAUACAACGUCCAUGCAGACAUACUCAGCACGGCGGUCAUUUUCGGAAUGCUAAUUGCACUACCCAUAACCAUAGUCUACUAUGUACUACUUGGGCUCUAGAGGUUUUGAAAGAAGAGAAGAGAAGAGGAGAAGAGAAGAAAGCUUUAUAGAAUAUUGAAGAAAAAGCCAAUGUGAAUGACAAAGUAACAUGGCCUAAAAUUUACCAAAAUGCCAUUGGAUACAGUGUACAACGUAGGACGUAUCUGCAGUUGCAUGUGAUCCUUGGGAUAUGAAAAAAAAAAAGUCAUUUCUGCUAUUAUUUUUUAAUAUAUUAUUAUUAUUAUUAUU